AUGCGUUUUAUGACGAAAGGUCAGAGGAGACGGCAGGAGGCGGUGGAAGAAUGGAAACCGGAGAGACGAGUGCGGAAGUUGUUAACCGUGACGAAGGCAGAUGCAGCGUGCUUAACGGAAGAAGCUGGAUUGAGCGGGAAGGAUGCUGCAUGUCAGACAAGCGAUGCAGUACGAAAGAAGGGGCUGUUGAAGCUCGGGACGCUGCUUGCCAGACUAGAAUGA